CAAAACCUGCACAGAAAUGUUAUGUACUGUAUUCAGUUAAGAAAAUGUUUUGUGGGAGAAAAAAAACCUGUUUUAAGAAAAUGGGGAAAGUGAACCACAGAGAAUAAAAGCUGCUCGCGGUUCAGAUUGUCAGGUUAUGGCGACUCUGUGGGAGACUGUUUUCACCCGCUGGUCUCUCCUCUCACACGCAAUCCUCCUCAGUCCUCACACCUCGCCCUCAUACAGGCCGGGAAUGGGUCUGGAGCUAGCUUGUGUUAGGCCUCAAACUGUGUUUUCGGCACGUCGAGACUUUCUGGAGGGGUGGAUGAGCAAUGAGCGAUGGCGGUUGAGAGAUAAUUGAGGAAUUCUAUCAAUCACUCGCUGUAUUAUAUUCGGAAUGCCCCGUGCACAUAUUUGGGAUUCCAUUGAAUGAAAUCCAAGAGAGGAAGAUAGGGGAGAAGCCUCCAAUGGUGUGUAGAGGAAAUGAGACAGAACCCCUUCCCCCUCCACCAACCCCUAAAUGGAACAGAAAUAGAAUGUUAAUUCGUAUAUAACCCUCAAAUUAGAUUUCCCUCUAUGAGUUCCUCUCUGUCCCUUUCCUCUCUUUACACACACAAACACACAUGCACACCGGGACACACUCGUCGUCUCUUCUCUCAGCUUGUGUUGACUUGAAUGGACACUCUUGUUCAAAUUAGGUCGAGGUCCAUGGUGUUUCUGUUUGUCUGCUACUGGGACAGGGAGGGGGUCAUGGGACUGUGCGAUUGGAGCCAGACUCAUGCUAGUCAUAUGAGCUUCACCGAAAACAGGAAAGAGAGACAGAGAGAGAGAGAGAGGGGGGAGAGAGAAAGUUUCUAGGAAGUGAGAGAGGAGGAAGAUGGAGGAUUUGAGAUGGAGGGUCAGGGCCAUGGCUGCUGUGUGUGUCCGGAAUUGCUGCUGGUGCUGUGUUGAGGUCGAAGAAGAUGGAGAAAGAGGGAAGGAGGAGGGGAGGGAGGAGGAGCAAGAGGAGGAGGAAAUGGAGGAGCCCCCAUCUCCAAAGAGCAGGAGUGUCGCGUCCUUACCAUCUGCUGAGUUGAAUGAGGCAGACCCGUCCUACUCCAAGCCCCAGCCUCACUGGUUCCACACGCUGCAGGUCCGCAGGCUGACGGUCCAGAGAGGACGCAGCAACAGUGACCCUAUGGGGGGAAAGAGUUUCGAUCAGGACUUCCAAUGGAAAACAGGCCUACAGUUUGGCACAGCCAACUCCUACCUGAACCUGGAGAAGAUAGGGGAGGGGACAUACGCUACAGUCUACAAGGGAAUCAGCCGGAUAAACGGGCACCUGGUGGCCUUGAAGGUGAUCCGUAUGAAGACGGAAGAAGGCGUACCAUUCACUGCCAUCCGGGAGGCUUCCCUCCUGAAAGGCCUGAAACACGCCAACAUUGUCCUGCUCCAUGACAUCAUCCACACCAAAGAGGCACUCACAUUUGUCUUUGAGUACGUACAAACAGACUUGGCUGAGUAUAUGACGCAGCACCCAGGGGGCCUGCAUUCCUACAAUGUCAGGAUCUUCAUGUUCCAGCUACUGCGGGGUCUGUCCUACAUCCACGGUCGGAGGAUCCUGCACCGGGACCUCAAACCCCAGAACCUGCUCAUCAGCUACCUGGGGGAGCUCAAACUGGCUGACUUCGGGCUGGCCCGGUCCAAGUCCAUCCCGUGCCAGACCUAUUCGUCUGAGGUGGUCACUCUGUGGUACCGGCCUCCUGAUGUCCUCCUGGGUUCCACUGAUUACUCCACUGCUCUGGACAUCUGGGGAGCUGGAUGCAUCUUCAUUGAGAUGCUCCAGGGGACGCCAGCCUUUCCAGGGGUGGCAGACGUCUUUGAGCAGCUGCAGAAAAUAUGGGCUGUCGUAGGGGUCCCGACUGAGGAGAUGUGGCCAGGAGUGAACGAGCUGCCCAACUUCAGACCAGAGUGGUUUCAACCGUGUGCGCCCCAGCAAUUCAGGAAUGUUUGGAAAAGACUGUCCCAGUUGCCCUAUAAGACAGAGGACCUGGCCCAGCAGAUUCUGAUCACCAUCCCACGAGACCGCAUCUCGGCCCAGGAUGCACUGCAGCACCCCUAUUUCAACACGCUACCGCCCCCCAUCAUGCAGCUACGAGACACUGUAUCAGUCUUCAAGGUCCCCGGAGUGAGGCUGGAGACCGAGGUGAAGGAUAUCUUCAGUCCCAGUCGAAGGAUCAGACCGUCCCAGCUGGUGCCCUUGGCUAAGUGCUGGUGAUAAUGGACCUCUACCCCCCUGGGCUUGACCCCUAACCCCAGGUGCCCCAGCCCUGCUUGCAGGCUAGACCACUAUCUGAUCAAGAUGGAGAAGAAUGAGGCUUCACACACACAACACUUACCUACACCACCAGCAUCCUCCACCAACCUCUGCUCUUGACUCCACCCAGCAUUCCUCAGAGUUCCCAUGUAAGAAGAUAGGAGAGAAGAGGGAGGGGUUGAAUGUUACCUGGUAUAUCACAUAUUAGAUGACGUCAGAAGUACUGUAUGUACUGUAUAUACUCUAUAUCUGAGACCCGAUGUCUGUUGUUGGUGGCAACGGAAAGCUACGCAGUGUCUAAGAGAACUGUCAGGAAGCUCAGAACUCCUUAACAUCUUCCUCCUGCUAAACCACCUCCUCCUGCUUCUUCCUCUUCCUCUUGCUUCCUCCUCCUGCUUCCUCCUCCUUCUCCUCGGCUGGUUUACCUCUUCCUCCUCCUCCCUCUCCUUCUCAGAGCAUCUCCUUGGACUCACUAGGCUCUCUCUGCCUCCUCCUAAAUGUACACUGAGAUUCAAUGAUGACGAUGGGUUAGUUUUGCAGAUGAGUGUUUUAUUUUGUACUGACAAAACAUGCAGAUAUUAUAUACCUCUUAUGUUAAAUCAGGUCCUUGUGGACCAUGAUUGUUUUUUUUGCACAGCAUGCAGGUGGGUAUCCCUGCAACAGAAUGACUGUGACGGUUGUGUGUACACUGUUGCGUUGUGUGUACACUGUUGCGUUGUGUGUACACUGUAAUUCAUGUUAGCAUUGUACCGUGAAACUUCCUCCUUAACACCCCAUAUAGCGUAUUUUUCAUUCGGCAAUCUUGUGAUCAAUUGUACUAUACUUGGGUGCAGCUUGCUUUUAAAAUGUGUGUUUUCGUGAGAAUGGGUGAAGGAGUGUGUGAGUCAAUAAAUGUUGCAGUCAUGA